CUGGGAAAGGAAUGAGGAAGAUGAUGGAAUUGCUAGUGGAUGAGAGAGGCCGGCGUCGGCAGCACCCCCAAGACGCCCGCCCACCCUCAGCUCCAAAGAUCCACGAGGAGGACGAGGAGGGAACGGCCUCAAGAGCGGUGAAAGGAUCCAUUGCUUCGUUUCCACUCGGCACUACAUACUCUUCAUCCAGUGGAACAGUGGAACCAGUGACUUACCAGAGAGCUUGGCAGGCACCAGCUGCGUCCAGAGAGCCAAAGAGGGAAAGGAACCGAAAGAGAAAGAAAGAGAGAGCGAGAGCGAGAGCGAGAGAGAGAGAGCGAAGACCAUCUUUUUUAUUGUGCACAUCAGUAGCGAGUCCAGUUUGCCAAGGGAUAGCUACCGAAUCUGUGAGGACUUGGAAGCAGAACGGACGAGAGAAGAAAAAAAUAGGCGAAAUAAGCCGAGUGUGAGUCCUCCUCCUCCUUCUUCUCCUUCUUCUUCCUCUUCUUUUCUUUGGACAUACUCGGCAUAUUCGGCACAGACACGCACACUCAUAUCCACACAUUGGACACACUCACAUACUCCCUCCCUCCCUCACACUCAUUCACUUGCAAAGUGAGUUGUGGUGAGACAUGGCAAACCAGUGACUGGCUUGGCGAUUCUGGAAGUGAUCUAUUUAUUCCGUCGCUUAUUAUUGUGCAUAUCAUUGAUGGAAGAAUGGACCGUGGAGUGGGAGGCGGGUGGCCAGAAUAAAUGAUGUGCUUCAGCGUUGGCUUGGAACGCAAAGUGAUGAUGGCACAAGACGGCUCUGAAACCCACCCCAAGGACCCCAAGAAGAAGAACAACCACAACGACAACAACAACAACCGAGAAGCCGAGAUGAUCGGGAUGAUGAGUGUUUUUGAAGAGCUCCGAGCGGCUUGCCAUCUUCCCGUCCAUAGUGGCUUGUCUCCAACAGUGAGGGCAUAAUAGAUACAUCACAUCAUAAGAAAACAUGAAUCCACAUCGAGUCAUCCAAAACACGAGACUCUGACAAAAUAUCAAAGGGUUCCUGGUUGACCAAGAGACCAGUGCUUCAAUAUCUCCCGACAGGACUGCCAAGAUAAAGGAGUGAUACCAUGGCCAAACCCCUGCAAACCCUCGCCGUUUUGGGCUCGCUUCGGCUCCUACUCUUUCUGUUCAAUGUCCUUUUUUGGGCAACUGGACUUGUCCUUCUCCUGAUUGGUCUGUGGAUCUCGGUGAAAUUGCACAAAUAUCUGGAACUGGACCGAGAGAUCUCCUCUGCCAUUCCCAUCUUGAUAUCCGGCCUUGGACUCUUCAUCCUUCUCCUGUCGACGGUGGCCUGUCAGUGCUCAGUCAAGGGAAAUGCCCCCAAGUUGUACAUUUAUUCCACUUUGUUGUUCGUCAUAUUCCUGACAGAGCUCUGUCUGCUCCUCUUUGGAUAUUAUUUUCGAUACAAUGUGGACUCAGCAUUUCACGAAGGUCUGGCCACGGGACUGGAACUAUAUGGGAAGGACGGUGAAAGGACAGCGGCCAUGGAUGACAUCCAAUCCACUCUCCGGUGUUGUGGUGUGAACAACUACACGGAUUGGCAGGUCACUCCCUGGGGAGUUGGCCAUGGUGAGAAUAAGUUACCUCAUUCAUGUUGCCAAUGGACGGUUCAAGGAGUGUGCUCCACUAAUCAAGCCGAGGCUCAUCUUUUCAAAGUGGGUUGCUACCGUUUGGUCCUCAAUUUUGUUAUGGAGAACCUGAAGGUCAUCGGUCUGAGCGUAUUGGGGGUGUCCAUAAUUCACGUGCUAGGGAUCACCCUGGGGUGUGUUCUGGCCCGUCAGGUCAGUAAAGCCGAAUAUGAAGAGCUUCGGUGAGGUUACGCCAGGGGGCAGCAGCAAACGACGUCACGAGAUCAGCAGCUCCGGGAUUAUCCGUCACAAUGUACGGAUAAGGAGCCCAUGCUCAAAAACCAUGCUCCGCCUACUUCUGGUGGCAUGGGCUUGUCCUCACAAUUCAAGCCAACGUCAAUCCCACACCAGCCUUUGCCGCUUCCCCCUCCCACGGAUAGCCAGAUUCUGAAGCAAUCAAUCCAGAAUACUCGACAGAAGCUCCGCAACACUCGCAAUAAGAACCAUGACAAGCGAGCCAAACGUGCUCAAUCCAUAGAUUGGACCGCUCAGCCAGACUCUUUCGGGGCCGAUAGCCCCAUUUUAGAGCAUAAUCAGACCCACGUGCAAGUGAACCAUUCGGCGACGGCCGAAGACUACUACAGUGUGCCCAAGAAGUGUCAUCGAACGGUGUCAUCGAACUACCUAGAUCAUUCCCUCGACUACCCAUGGUCAGAUGGCUCCCAUUUCUCUUCCACGAUACCUCAACCUCCCACCAGUCCACCCCC